UACAAAGAGCAAAGUGAUCGAGACCCAGACUUGGACAUUAUCCCAAAAUGUCUUCCCAAUCUCCAACUCUGGUCUCUGUGUCCACCGUCUUUCCACACCUUAAAUCCACCAUUGGAGACCUGAAGCUUUCAGUCUCCGACCUCCCUAUGCUCUCCUGUCACUACAUUCAAAAGGGAUGUCUCUUCACUCGCCCUCCCAUGCCUAUCACUCAACUAAUCACUUCCCUCAAACGCGGCCUGUCCCAGACUCUGACCCACUUCCCGGCUCUCGCCGGCCGUCUGAAAACAGACGGCAAUGGUUACAUCUAUAUUGCGUGUAACGACGCCGGCGUCGACUUCAUUCACUCCAAUGCCACCCACAUUUCCCUCCGGGACAUUCUCUCUCCCACCCACGUGCCCGAGUGUGUCAAAGGGUUCUUCGCUUUAAACCUAACUGUGAGCUACGAGGGUCAUUUCAAGCCUAUUUUGGCCGUUCAGGUGACGGAGCUCGCCGACGGGGUCUUCAUCGGUUGCACCGUCAAUCACGCCGUCACUGACGGGACAUCGUUCUGGAACUUCUUCAAUACGUUCGCGGAGGUCUGUCGUGGAGCCAGGAGGAUUUCCAGGCCGCCUGACUUCAGCCGCAAUUCGGUGCUGAUUUCGCCGGCGGUGCUGAGGUUGCCCGAAGGUGGCCCCAAGGUCACGUUCUCCGUUGACGCGCCUCUCCGUGAGAGAAUUUUCAGUUUCACUAGAGAGUCUAUUCUGAAGCUCAAAGCCAAAACAAACAAUGGGAAAUGGAAUCGGAACGAUUACGGUACUGGAAUGGACACCGUUGAAUUGAUGGGGAAGCAAAGUAACGACACACUGAAGGUCGCUGACGGCAAAGUAACGGCAAUUCUCGAGAAUUGGCUGCGGAACGCGGUUUCGAGAUCUCAAGGAACCGAGACGGCGUUGCCGCCUAAUCAGACGGUGGAGAUUUCCUCGUUCCAAUCACUCUGUGCAUUGCUCUGGCAGGCGGUGACACGUGCGAGGAAGUUUCCAUCCUCAAAAACGACGACGUUCAGAAUGGCAGUGAACUGUCGUCACCGACUCGAGCCGAAACUCGAUCCGUGUUUCUUUGGAAACGCAAUACAGAGCAUUCCGACCUACGCUUCGGCUGGUGACGUGUUGUCUCAUGAUUUGCGGUGGUGUGCGGAGCAGCUGAACGAGAACGUGAAGGCGCACGGUAACGCUACGGUGCGCCGCUUCGUAGAGGAUUGGGAGAGGGACCCACGUUGUUUCCCGUUGGGGAACUUCGACGGCGCGAUGAUCACGAUGGGGAGUUCGCCGAGGUUUCCGAUGUACGACAACGAUUUCGGGUGGGGCAGACCCAUGGCGGUUCGGAGCGGGCGGGCCAAUAAAUUCGACGGCAAGAUUUCAGCGUUUCCGGGAAGGGAAGGGGGAGGUAGUGUUGACCUGGAGGUGUUGUUGGCGCCCGAGACGAUGGCGGGUCUUGAAUCGGAUCAGGAGUUCAUGCAGUAUGUAUCGGGUUGUUAGGAGUUGGCUGGGUGAAUUGUGUUCGGAUUUUGGGGCCUAUGGUGGACUUUACGGGUUUGGAUGUGGUGGUAUGGGGAUGGAUUAGCGGGUGGGGUUUGUGUACUUGUGCCAUAUUUCCUUUCACUGCAGGACAUGUAUCUCUGAAAUUUUAAUUUACUGAAGAAUAUUUUAAAAUUUAAUGAUCAGCUAAUAAUGGAAUUACACAAGCCAAGUUUGGGAAAAGAACUACAAAGAAACGUAUGAACUAAGGCCAUUUGUACUUUUGUAUUUUGACCCUCUAAA